AUGACAAUAAAAUUAUUAAAUCUGAGUUUUAAAUUUGGAGGUUUGAUGGCCUUAACGCCUAUUUGUGUCAACGAAAAUGUUUUGUUUCCGUCAAAGGCGUAUUCACUACUUUGGAUUAUCCUGUUUACUACAGGAGUGGCAAUUUCGGGGAUGUACAGAAAAGAGUCUUACCAAAAUCUAAGCCCGAUGCGACUUGUUCUUCAAACAUCUUUGGACUUACUUUUGUUAUCUCUUAACAUUUGCACAAUAAUCACAACAGCAAAGAAGAGGCAACAAUGGAUGCAACUUAUCAAUAAUUUAAAGACGGUAGAAAGCAGUAAUAACAAGGAUUCAUUUUGGUUUUUGCCUUUUGUUAUGGCAAAUGUCGUUUUUCUGGUAUUUCACAGUUACGAAACUUUCAUAUGGACACGGAUAAUGGGAGUGGCAUUUUACAAACUGUAUGCAGUUGAAUGGUUCCAGUUUUAUGCCCAAUUUAUUGUAUACUUUUUUAUUUACGUGAUUUUAAACAUGUUCCUUAAGAAAUACCAAAGCGUUUCAAAAAUUGUUUCCAAGCAAAAUUUCGCUUUGUUGAGAAACAUUCAAAAUGAUAUUUGCAUCCUGGCGGACUGUGUUGAUGUUUUCAACAAUCUUUUUGGGUUUUUGAUUUUACUACUGGUCGCAUUUACGACCCUUCAGAUUUUAAUUUAUGUCCAAGGUAUAGUCAUAGGAGCAAAAAACACUAUUGAAACGGUGGCAUACAGCGUAAUGUUUAUUUUAUGGCACAUAGUUUGGACGUUUUCUGGAAUUCUCACUUGUGAUUCAAUAAUGCGUGAAUUUGGAAAUAUGCAAAUGAUGGUGUACAAAAUUGAAACCAGUUGUAUCAAAGGAAAAGAAAAUGAAUUGGGAGAAAUAAAAAAAAUUCUAAAUGUUAUCAAUGCUGAUUCUCCUAAUUUUACAGCUGCUAGGUUUUUUGGGCUUAAUCGAAGGACAAUUCUCGGAGUUUCGAAUACUGUUGUUACUUUUCUGAUUAUUAUGGUUCAAAAAGCUUCGUAUGAAAAGUUGACUCCUGUGAUACUCACUAUUCAAGUAGCUACGGAUACAGUUUUGUUUGUUCUUAAUAUUUCUACAAUUAUAAUAACAGCCACGAAGAGACAUCAGUGGAACAGAUUUAUCAAUAUUUUGAAAUUUCUUAAAAACAGAAAUGAGAAAGGAGAUUUAUUUUGGUUUUUACCUUUUCUUUUAACAAAUGUUGUUUUCGUAGUAAUCUUUACGUACUACACUUAUAUCUGGACUCCAAUAAUGGGUGUUGAUUUCUUCAAAUUGUAUGCAGUGGAAUAUUUUCAAUUCUAUGCUCAGUUUAUUGUCGGGACAUUUAAUGGUGUUUUCAUCUGUGAUUUAACAGAGCAAAGAGUUAAAACCAUGCGAAUGGUAGCGUAUCAAACUGCAGCAAAUUUUGAUGGAGAAAGAGAAGUUGAAGAAAUAAAAAAGCUGAUAAAUGUAAUAAACGACAAUUUUCCUCACUUCACAGCUGCUAGAUAUUUUGACCUAAAUCGAAAAACGAUUCUUGGUGUUCUUAAUGCUUUCUUUACAUUUUUAAUUGUUGUGAUUCAAUUUGAUAACGUGUACAAUUAA